CUGACAUCUGCAGCCAUGGAGCUCAUCUCCUCUGCACUGCUGACACUCAUAGCUGCCUCUGUAAUUCUCUACAUAUAUUCCUUUAUUACUAACUGCAUUACAAGCCCUAGGAACUUUCCUCCAGGACCCCGACCUCUGCCAGUGAUCGGGAAUCUGCACAUUAUCAACCUCAAAAAGCCCUACCUGACUCUGAUGGAGCUUUCAAAAACCUAUGGCUCAGUAUUCAGCAUUCAGAUGGGAAUGAAAAAAAUGGUGGUGUUGACCGGGUAUGAGGCUGUGAAGAAUGCUCUGGUUGGACAUGCGGAGGAGUUUGGUGAAAGAGGAUGUAUUCCAAUACUUGAAAAAAUUGAUAAAGGAAUGGGUAUCAUUUUUGCACAUGGCGAAAACUGGAAAGCCAUGAGAAGAUUUUCCAUCAGCACAUUACGUGAUUUUGGCAUGGGAAAAAGUACUAUAGAAGACAGGAUUCUGGAAGAAAGUGAUCAUUUGGUGCAGAGGUUCCAGACCUUUCAAGGGAAACCCUUUGACAAUUCUGUGAGUAUAACUGCUGCAGUUGGAAACAUCAUUGUGUCUGUAGCCCUUGGACAUCGCAUGGAUUAUGAGGACCCCACCUUUCUAAGACUUCUGAAGCUAACAAAUGAGAAUGUUCGACUUGCUGGAACACCAAUGAUUGCACUUUACAAUAUGUUCCCUGGUGUGAUUGGCCUGUUUCCUGGGAGUCACAAAACACUUUUCAGCAAUAUGGAAGCAGUACAUGAGUAUAUUACAAAGACAUUUGUCAAUCAUCUAAAGGAGUUAGAUCAGGAUGAUCAGAGGAGCUUCAUUGAUGCCUUUCUUGUGAGACAAAAAGAGGAGGAAGGUAAUCCCGACACAUACUUUCACAGCAGAAACCUCCUAAGUCUUGUGAGAAAUUUGUUUUCCGCUGGAAUGGAAACUACAGCAGCCACCCUCCGCUGGGGUCUUCUUCUCAUGACAAAAUAUCCAGAAAUUCAAGAAAAAGUACAAAACGAAAUUGCAAAAGUGAUCGGCACUGUGCAGCCUAAAUACAACCAUCGUCAUCAAAUGCCUUAUACCAAUGCUGUUCUACAUGAGAUCCAAAGAUUUGCAAAUAUAUUACCAAUGAACCUACCCCAUCAGACUACUAAGGAUGUCCACUUUAUGGGCUACUUUAUUCCAAAAGAUACCUACAUUAUCCCUCUUCUUGCAUCUGUCCUUCAUGACAAGACUCAGUUUGCAGAGCCUCACAUAUUUAAUCCUCAACAUUUCCUGGACUCACAAGGAAAUUUUCUGAAGAAAGAUGCUUUCAUGCCAUUUUCAGCAGGUCGAAGGAUGUGUGCUGGAGAAACUCUUGCAAAAAUGGAGUUGUUUCUUUUCUUCACAAGUCUUCUGCAAAAAUUUACAUUCCAGAAGCCUCCGCAGGUUCAUGAUGUGGAUCUAACACCUGCUGUUGGACUGACCACUCCACCAAUGCCUCAUACAAUUUGUGCUAUUGAACGGUUUUAAUAAGCCAGGAUAAGCUGUACAUAAACAUAUAUAUAGUCUGUUUCUUGCGUUGGAUUCCGUUAUGUUUUAAGUCCAAUGUAUCAGAUGUCUUAACAUUAGAACUGUACUGGAAAAGAAGAACAAGAUUAAUGUGUUUUUUUUACCUCUGAAAUUAAAAACAAACAAAGCAUA